GCUACUUAUGAACCACAAAGUCUCAUGAGAAUUCAGCAGAGGAAUGUCUUGUUGAGCUGCUGUUCUGGUUCUGGAGGAACUGGCUGGAUAACAUUCUGUUUGCAGCCGUCGCCCUCCCAGGCUAAAAUAUUCUGUCAUUGACGGAUCCGUGAGUUAAAGCUCAGUUCUGUGGAGAGCAAAUGGAAACUUUUUACUGAUUUAUUCUGUGAUCAGACGCUCAAACUGAAAACGAGAGGCGUUUUCCAAUCAUUUUGGCUGCUGCUGCGUUUGUCGUUUGAUCGACCAGUCGAUGCACACUUCUGCUUCCUGGUCCCCUGUGGUGUGUCGUCAGGUCAGCUGACAUGGAGGAACGAACCGACAGUCCCAUAGCAGUGAAGGUGGAGGGGAACUCUCACAGCGUCAUCCUGACAUACUUCCAGGGGGAUAUUAACAGCAUGGUGGACGCUCACUUCUCACGCGCUCUCAGUAAAGCCUGUAAGCCCAGUGAAGUCACAACAAAGACAAAAAAAGUCGACAAAACUGUUAAAACGGAGGACACAGGCUCAUGUCAGGACACUCCUGUUGUCCCUUACUCCAAAUCACAGAUCCCAUCUGGAGCAGGACACUUACUGACCUUCAGCCCAGCAAGCGACACUCCUGGGCCUUGGACCCCAUACAGGUCAAGGGAGGGUCCAGGUCUGUCCACCAUCAUGUGCUCACUGUCUUCAGAUGGUCUCACCCUUCCUGGAUCGCAAUAUCCCACAUCGCUGCUCAACCUGCUGCACAGUGACCGGAGUGAGGUGGGCCCCAGUAUGGCCUCCAGUUCGAAAGCAGAACCCCUACCAACUUGGACCCUCCCUCAGGGAUUUAGAGAGUCUGCUGACCCUCAGAUAGGCUUUGAACCUGGACGCCACGUGGACAAGAAGGACCUUUACUGGUACUGAGGACAAAACAGUCACUGCUGCAUGGACAAAGGUCAAAGGGCAUUAGAUUGAAGUUUUAUCAUCAAACAUUUGUGUUCUGGUGAAAAAUCUGUGUUCCUGCUCUCCUCAUUCCUCACUAGAAUGACCUCAGCAGCUGAGCGCGCACCGGGACUGCCUCUUCAUAGGAACACCCACAAACGGGUUCUUCAAGUUUGUCAUUCAUUUGUUGUUGCUGCAUGAAGUAUAUUUCCCUUAUAGGUUUACACCAAUAGACCAGUGUUAAAUCAGAACAUCGAGAGUGUCUUGGAUGCCUAAAAAUGGUUCAUCUGGAUGGGUUUAAAGUUUCUGUGAGUUCAUGAUGCAGGUGCAUGAAGGAAAAAAACUGUGUUUGAUUCAUGAAGAUCUAAGGAAAACAGUGUAGAACGUCAGUUCUGGUAAAAAAUAAUAAUAUAAAAUGUGUAACCAAGAUGUGAACAAAAAGGUAUAAUUAUAAACAUUUGAGUUGAAAACAUUUUUACAUGGCAAAAAAAUCAAACAACUUUAUGUAAUUUGACCGCAAAUACAAAACAGCACCCCCUGUCGGUAAGUUUGAAACCAAAGUAAACGUCUCAUUACAAAAGAAUGAUCAUAAAGUAAAGUUGGAAUUUUAACUGCUGGAAGUUUAUGUUUAUCUACUUGUUUAGACACUUUUCCUGUGCCUGUGCAAUCUGGGAUUUGCAGCUUCCUCUGAAAGUCCUAGAACACGGAUUAGAAGCGUCUAUGCAUGUAUUACUCAUUCUGGAGAAAAAACUUUUCAUUAUCUUAAUUAUAAUAAUAAAUAUCAUUUAUUUACUUCACCACACUGGAUCCAAAAUGAUUAAAUUUCUGAACAAGCUAUUUAAAAUGUUUUUGAUACUUUUAGAAUUGUUAUUUUUUCUUCCUUUUAGGUGUAAAUAAUAAAAAAUAUAUAUCUUCAA